AGAGAAACUCUGGUUGAACAUGCCCAGUUGUGUGGGUGGCUAACGUUAGCUAGCAAGUGUGUGUGUGAUAAACGGCGCCAUAAACUUACUGGGAUGCAUUGUUGCUAGCUAGCGGUAGCUAGCUUUUUCUGUUUCCUGUCACUGUUGUGUAGGGGACAUCGCUUGCCAUAAGAUAGCUUACGUUACAACCAUGGAAAUCGACACACUUUUGGAGGGUUUUACGGGUAAGUCAACUCGCUUUUGCAGAUUUUCUGUAUCUGUACAUGAUUAGCUAGCUACAUUUGAAUUGCCAAACGUAAUGUUAAGUAGCUGCAUAUAUUCUACUCGUUGGAUGCCGGUUUUAAUGUCUAAAUGUAUGGUUGGAUGCUAACUUAGCUAGCUAGCUUGUAACUAGCAGUCGAAAUUGUUAGCUAGCUAACUCGCGCUAGGCCAAUUUUAUUUUGAUAACGUUACUGUACUUGUAUAAUUAAAAACGUAUGUGAAUAAGUGUGUUGUGUUGAAGCUAUUUUACCCACAUUGUAGUUGCAUAGUUAGAAAGUCGCUGUAACCUAGUUUAUGUUGACCAUGUCUAGUUAGUUAAGUGUUCUAACUAGGUACUGUUAGCUCGCUAACGCAGUGGUUGCCUUGCAGUUAAUUAUUGCUGACCGCUAACGUUACCCUGCACUGCAACGCUGCACAUAACUUGAAAGAGUCUUUUCUAUUUCCAUACAUCUACGUUCAGACUUCGAGAAGAAAGGGAAGAAAGAUGCCUGUCCUGCCCUGGAUAAAUUUCUGUGUCAUGUCGCCAAAACCGGAGAAACGAUGUGAGUGUCUGAUAAAUGAGCCUCACGGUGCCAGCCACUUUUCUAAUGAGUAGACAAUGUGUCAAUACAGGAUAGAAAUAAAAGGACUGGUAAAUUACACAAUGGGUAAAUUACAACGCAUGGAUAGUCAUAUUCCUGAAAUCUCGAUAUGCUACCAAAACCAAGGCUGUGUUUGAGGAGACAUCAUUGUGUGGUCCCAAGACUGGCAGUUAUCACAACAUCAAGGCUGCAUCUCUGUUUGAUAGGUUACAAUGUGUCUGAACUAGAGGAUAACUUUUUGGUCUCCCAUCUUUUCCAGGAUUUCAUGGUCACAGUUCAAAAGUUAUUUCCUGUUUAAACUUGAGAAAGUAAUGGAUGACUUCAGAGCCUCGACACCAGACCAGCGAGGGCCAGCCAAUCCUAAUGUGGAGUACAUUCCUUUUGAAGAGAUGAAGGAGAGGAUUCUCAAAAUCGUAGAAGGAUACAAUGGGUGAGUAUCCUCCACUAUCCAGUGCUGAAACGUCUAAUAAAAACGAUCCUUUUGCUUGUUUUACCAGUAUGUCUUUGUGUAGCCCUAGUAUACAGCCACGGUGAGGAAAGUAUACCUUCUUGACAAAUAUCCAUAUUUUCCAGGAUUCCGUUCACCAUCCAGCGUCUGUGUGAGUUACUGACUGAGCCUAAGAGGAACUACACAGGAACAGACAAGUUCCUCAGGGGAGUGGAGAAGGUAAGUAUCAUCACUUCUACUGAGAUUAGUUCUCUUAAUGGGUGUUUGAAUCAGGGUAUUAAGCCUAGUAAGAAUACCUAUGUCACAUACGUCAGUAUACAUCAGUAUGAAAAUGUAUGCACUCACUAACUGUAAGUCGCUCUGGAUAAGAGCGUCUGCUAAAUGACUAAAAUGUGUCCUUGUGUUGAUUUGAGUGAAUAAUGUUUUCUCGCAUGGCCCAGUGUUUUUUAUAUAUAUAUUUUUAAACUAGUUAGAAUUGCUUGUAUUAGUAUACAAUAUAAAUGCUUGGGGAUUUAUGGCGUUGUUUAUGUUUUGCAGAAUGUGAUGGUGGUCAGCUGUGUGUAUCCUACGUCAGAGUAAGUAUUCUGUCAUGUUUCUCUACCUACCCCUUUAGCUUAUACCUAAAGUGUUUUUUAUAGCAAAACGUACUUUAAAGUUGGGGUCAGCUUUAAAGGCGCUAACGUACACAUUGGAUUUUUUUGCGUUGUAAUUACAGAAAAUAUCCAUAAUAUAUCUGCCGCUAAUAGUGGAAUGAUAGUGUUUCACAGUAUUACUUACCCGCUUGUGUUGUGAUUGGCUGUGAUAUUCACUUGUUGAUUUCUCCCGCGGAGCAGCAUCUGUUGUCAAACUGGGAAAGCUGUUCUGACUUUGGCUGUGUUAUCUAGUGGAAAUUACUAAUUUACUGGUUUUAAAAUUUUACACUGUUUGCUCCAUUUCUGCUUAUGUGAGAAAGCAAGCACUGAAUAGUGUAGGGAAUCAUUGUGCCAUCUAAAUCGCUGUGAAAUAUAUUUUCAAUAACAAAAAAGCUGGUGGAUCAAAACUAACGUUUAUUUCGUUUUUGGUCCACCCGCUUCAAACAGCGGUUUUGGUCCACCAGCUUCAAACAGCUGUAAAAGUGAUAUUUUUUUGUUAUUGAAAACACAUUUCACUGCGAUUUAGAUGGUACAAUGAUUCCCAACAAUAUUCAGUGCUUGUUUUCUCACAUAAGCAGAAAUUGAGCAAACAGUGUAGGAUUUUAGCAACCAAGAAAUGAGUGAUUUCCAAUAGAUAACACAGCCACAAAGUCAGAACAGCUAUCCUAGUUUUACAACAGAUGCCGCACCGGUGAGAGAAAUCAAUAGGCGAAUAUCACAGCCAAUCACAACACUUGUGGGUAAGUAAUACUGUGAAACACUAUCAUUCUACCAUUAGCGCCAGAUAUAUUAUGGACAUUUUCUAAAAUUACAAUGCAAAAAUUCAAAAAAAUCUUGUGUAGCACCUUUAAAGCUAACAAUCACUUGGAUUUGUUGACUCGCUCUGCCUCUUUUAAAGGAAAAAUGGGGCAACCAGUGUAAACAGAAUGAAUGGAGUGAUGUUCCCUGGCAAUACCUCUAUUUAUUCAGAAAGGUGAGAGAUACCUACUUGUCAAUGGUUAACUUUCAGUUGUACAAUUUAUUUACAUAAAACAGGGGUAAGGAACUCCAAUAAAACCCAGAAGUCUUUCUUUCCAGGGAUCCCUGAACAUAGGUGGAGAAGGAUUACUAAUUUACUCAUACCAAAUAUGAUAGUCAGACAGUAGGUGGCACUGUAGUGUUGCUUGAAUUAAUCUCCUUGUUAUUAAUUGGAUUCAAUUGCAACGUGGAUUCAAUUGCAACAACAUUUGACUGUAUGAAAGUGUAUUAAGUUAUGCAGAGAUUUAUUCCUCUCCUUACGGUAGGAAUGUAAAUGGACCAGGCACCCCAAGGCCACUGAACAGACCAAAGCUAUCGCUAUCCACCUCUCUGGCUACAAACGGUGUCCCUGACAGCACAGAUGAUAAGGAGCCACUCACAGAACAAGAGGAGGAGCAUGUUGUCAGGUAACUAGCAUUGUGUGAAUGCCAGAUGACUGUCAGCAGAAAUAUAAUGUACUGAUAACGUGUAAAUGUUAUAUAAGACAUAUACACUGCUCAAAACAAUAAAGGGAACACUAAAAUAACACAUCCUAGAUCUGAAUGAAUGAAAUAAUCUUAUUAAAUACUUUUUUCUUUACAUAGUUGAAUGUGCUGACAACAAAAUCACACAAAAAUUAUCAAUGGAAAUCAAAUUUAUCAACCCAUGGAGGUCUGGAUUUGGAGUCACCCUCAAAAUUAAAGUGGAAAACCACACUACAGGCUGAUCCAACUUUGAUGUAAUGUCCUUAAAACAAGUCAAAAUGAGGCUCAGUAGUGUGUGUGGCCUCCACGUGCCUGUAUGACCUUCCUACAACGCCUGGGCAUGCUCCUGAUGAGGUGGCGGAUGGUCUCCUGAGGGAUCUCCUCCCAGACCUGGACUAAAGCAUCCGCCAACUCCUGGACAGUCUGUGGUGCAACGUGGCGUUGGUGGAUGGAGCGAGACAUGAUGUCCCAGAUGUGCUCAAUUGGAUUCAGGUCUGGGGAACGGGCGGUCCAUAGCAUCAAUGCCUUCCUCUUGCAGGAACUGCUGACACACUCCAGCCUCAUGAGGUCUAGCAUUGUCUUUCAUUAGGAGGAACCCAGGGCCAACCGCACCAGCAUAUGGUCUCACAAGGGGUCUGAGGAUCUCAUCUCGGUACCUAAUGGCAGUCAGGCUACCUCUGGCGAGCACAUGGAGGGCUGUGCGGCCCCCCAAAGAAAUGCCACCCCACACCAUGACUGACCCACCGCCAAACCGGUCAUGCUGGAGGAUGUUGCAGGCAGCAGAACGUUCUCCAUGGCGUCUCCAGACUGUCACGUCUGUCACAUGUGCUCAGUGUGAACCUGCUUUCAUCUGUGAAGAGCACAGGGCGCCAGUGGCGAAUUUGCCAAUCUUGGUGUUCUCUGGCAAAUGCCAAACGUCCUGCACGGGGUUGGGCUGUAAGCACAACCCCCACCUGUGGACGUCGGGCCCUCAUACCACCCUCAUGGAGUCUGUUUCUGACCGUUUGAGCAGACACAUGCACAUUUGUGGCCUACUGGAGGUCAUUUUGCAGGGCUCUGGCAGUGCUCCUCCUUGCACAAAGGGUUGUUGCCCUCCUACAGCCUCCUCCACAUCUCCUGAUGUACUGGCCUGUCUCCUGGUAGCGCCUCCAUGCUCUGGACACUACGCUGACAGACACAGCAAACCUUCUUGCCACAGCUCGCAUUGAUGUACCAUCCUGGAUGAGCUGCACUACCUGAGCCACUUGUGUGGGUUGUAGACUCCGUCUCAUGCUACCACUAGAGUGAAAGCACCGCCAGCAUUCAAAAGUGACCAAAACAUCAGCCAGGAAGCAUAGGAACUGAGAAGUGGUCUGUGGUCACCACCUGCAAAACCAGUCCUUUAUUGGGGGUGUCUUGCUAAUUGCCUAUAAUUUCCACCUGUUGUCUAUUCCAUUUGCACAACAGCAUGUGAAAUGUAUUGUCAAUCAGUGUUGCUUCCUAAGUGGACAGUUUGAUUUCACAGAAGUGUGAUUGACUUGGAGUUACAUUGUGUUGUUUAAGUGUUCCCUUUAUUUUUUUGAGCAGUUUAUUAGAGCAACGUGGUCCUCUAGCUCAAUUGGUAGAGCAUGGCGCUUGUAACGCCAGGGUAGUGGGUUCGAUCCCCGGGACCACCCAUACGUAAAAAUGUAUGCGCACAUGACUAAGUCGCUUUGGAUAAAAGCGUCUGCUAAAUGGCUAUUUAUUUAUUUUUUGACCCUUUCUUUAGUGAUUCCUCGGUAUCGGAAAGUGAUGCCACACAGAGCAGUCCGAUGAAGACCAAGCAUCCGGAAGAGGAUGCAACGGAGGCAGAGAGCCACGAAGUCAAGAGGCUGAAGUUUGACAAAGACAUGGAUGAAGAGGAAGACGAGGAGGAGAAGGUAGACAAGGAGAUGUCCUGUCCUACACCUGCCCAAAGCUCAUCAGACAUGCCCGAAUCGUCAACAGAUGUUGUUGAGGAAGAAAAAGAGAGGUCUGCUGAUAUGCUCACCACAGACGAUCAUGGUAUGUGUUUUGCACAAUGGGGCAUUUUCAAAUAACACUAUAUGAUUGUGGAAGGGAAAAUGUGACAAAAAUCUAAAAAUAACAUCGCUAAAAUUGAUUAAUUGAUUUAUGAAAGGAUGUAAUGGUAUUAUUCUUGCCUUCUCUGUCCCCCAGAGCCCUCCAGUACUCAGACAGAAGAUCCCUUUGAUGAUGAGGAAGAGACAGCAGGGACAUCAGAGAGGGAGGCUCAGUAUGGCCCCACCCACAGUCUAAAGAGUGACAGCACCAUGGACCAGUCAGAGGAGCAGCUUGCGCAGUCAGGGAAGGAUCUGAGUUUAGAGGAACAGGAGGAAGGAGAUUGCAGCGACCCAGUAAGCAGCAGCAGUAGCAGCAAUGGAGAAGGAGCACCCAGUGAAGAGUCUGUCCCCUCUGCCUCUCCCAGCAGUACAGCUGAGUCGUUGGCAGACGGCGCUGCUGCAGAAAACAGUUCAGAAAGCCCAGAGAGGGCAGAUGAGCCCAUGGAACAGGACUAACCUGAGGCCGACGGCCCCCCAACAUUAUUUUACACUGUAUGAUAUUGAUACUGUACCAAACCCAGGAGAUCUCUGUACGACCAUGGACCUGUAGUCUCCCAGGAUAGGGAGGCUUUUUGUGAGGCCUCAAGGAUUUUCACCCUCAGGUCUCUUCUUCACCCCUUGUAUGACCCACCCACCUCCCGACCCACGCAUCCGUCCGUUUUAAAAACUGGAACUUAUAAUUAAAAGUUCCCCUCCAGUUAGGUUUUUUUUAAGCCUGUGGCAUUCAUUUACACAUUUAAAUGCUUUUAUCACCCUGAUAGUUUUUAUUUCUCUCAUGGAUCACUGUCAUUUUAAUAUUUACUGCUAUUUUAGACUCCAAUUCCAAAGCUGCUUGGUUAACGUGAUGUAGAAUGAUCAGCCACUUCUGUGUGUUUGUUGUGAUCUUAAUCUGUGGUGAAUGUUUCAUGUUGGCCGGCCCAGUUAGGGUCUCCUGAAUCUGUGGGAUGCCUUGGGUUUUCCCUGGGUAAAGCUACCGUUCACAGCUAUGUUUUAUUUUUUGGCAUAGUAGUUGUCCAUACUUUGGAAUGUAAAGUAUGAAGGAUUGUCCAUGACACACAUCUGUACCAUAAAACCACUGGAAGCCCUUGCCCUGCAAGUUUGGUAGUCUUGCAAAGUAAACAUACCGAAACCAUGGAUUGCAACCAAUCCUCAUGUACUGUGGCACUAUGAUUGAACAAUACAGAUAGUGCCUAAAGAAAAUGUUCAUACUCCUUGACUUAUUCCACAUUUUGUUACAAAAUGGCUUAAAUAAAAAAAAAAUUCACACACAAUACCCCAUAAUGACA